CGUGCGCAGCCCAGGGUAUCUCUUGAAAACGCUACACGAGCAGACGAGCCGUUGUCUACCUCAGUGAACAUCGGCGCAAUUGUGGCAUAUCUGUCUGACUGUGGAUACAAGCAGUGUAAGUGUUAUAACCCCGAACCUUCACAAGGUUGAAGACCCUUGACAUGAAGAACCCACGACUAACCAAGUCGAUUACCCCAGCUUAGUCGGCUCCCUUUCGUGUCAGAGACAACCACGCGUUCCCAUAUACCUCAAGAUGAAGAGUGUUGCCCUUCUCUGCGGCCUUCUGGCCUCGUCGGUGUCGGCCCACAUCCAGAUGUCCAACCCGUACCCCAUCCGCAGUCCCCUCAACCCCAACGGCGGUGACAACAAGGACUACUCGUACACCAAUCCUCUGUCCAGUGACGGCCACGACUUCCCGUGCAAGGGAUACGCGAAUGACCCGUUCUCGUCGGUGGCCAACUACUCCCCGGGUGGUUCAUACAGCCUGGAACUGCAGGGCAGUGCCACGCACGAGGGAGGGUCCUGCCAAAUCUCCCUGUCCUACGACCAGGGCAAGUCGUUCAAGGUGAUCCACUCGAUGAUCGGCGGAUGCCCCCUCACCUCCAAGUACCAGUUCUCGAUCCCCUCGGACGCUCCCGGCGGGCAGGCGCUCCUGGCGUGGUCGUGGUUCAACAAGGUCGGCAACCGCGAGAUGUACAUGAACUGCGCCCAGGUCACCAUCGGUGGCUCCAAGAAGCGGGACGUCGCGCAGCAGGAGGUCGCUGGGGCCGUUGCCAGCUACAGCAGCGCCCCGCCCAUGUUCAUCGCCAACAUCAACGGACCGGGCGGCUGCACGACCACGGAAGGCCAGGAUGUCAACUUCCCCAUGCCCGGCUCGUCUGUGGAGGGUAGCGGCUCCGGCACCGGUUACACCUGCACCGGCUCGGCGGAUUUCCUGGGCGGCUCCCACGGCUCCAACUCCGCCGCCUCGUCCCCUGCGUCUUCCUCUUCCUCCUCCCACAACGCAUUGACGUCCUCGGCGGCGGGGUAUGCAUCGCCAUCCUCUUCCUCUUCCUCUUCCUCUUCCUCUUCUUCCCACUCGUCGGCCUCUAAGGUGGCAUCCGCCUUUGAGGCCGAGUCCGACCGCGCUGCCCCUGGCGGUAGUGGUGGCGGUAGCGGUAGCUCCUCCCAUGGAAACGUGCACGGUGCCGCUCACGGUGCCGCCCACAGUAACACCCACGGCGGCGCUUGCGUGGACAACACCAUCAUCUGUGACGAGGACGGCAAGAGCUGGGCCCUGUGUGCCCACGGCCGUCCGGUGCACAUGGGAUCCGUCGCUGCGGGCACAUACUGCAAGCACGGUGCCAUGCACGCCGCUUGA